CUUCGACAAAGUUGUCUCGCAACUUUCAGUUUUCAGCAGCGACAACGACGACAGCCGACAACAAGCCCACGCCGACAAGAUGGGUGCCCUCAAGUACGUGGAAGAGCUCCAGAAGAAGAAGCAGUCCGACGUGAUCCGCUUCCUGCUGCGCGUCCGAUGCUGGGAGCUCCGUCAACUCAAUGUUAUCCACCGCGCUUCCCGUCCUUCGCGCCCCGACAAGGCUCGUCGUCUUGGUUACAAGGCCAAGCAGGGCUACGUGAUCUACCGUGUCCGUGUCCGUCGUGGUGGCCGCAAGCGCCCUGUUCCCAAGGGUGCCACCUACGGCAAGCCCACCAACCAGGGUGUUAACCAGCUGAAGUACCAGCGCUCCCUGAAGUCCACUGCUGAGGAGCGUGUCGGCCGUCACGCUGCUAACCUCCGCGUCCUGAACUCCUACUGGAUCAACCAGGACUCGACCUACAAGUACUACGAGGUCAUCCUCGUUGACCCCCAGCACAAGGCUAUCCGCCGCGACCCCCGCAUCAACUGGAUCGUCAAGCCCGUCCACAAGCACCGCGAGUCUCGUGGUCUCACUGCCACCGGCAAGAAGUCCCGUGGUAUCAACAAGGGCCACGGCUACACCAAGACCACCGCCGGUCGCCGGAAGACCUGGAAGCGCCACAACACCCAGAGCUACUGGAGAUACCGUUAGGUGUGAGGAGUCACCCAGCCCCGGAUGGUGGUGGCUAUGGCAUCUGUUUCUCAUGGUGGUGCUUGGACCGGAUAAUAAAAAAUGCUACGACUAUGUCAUUGAGCUUUUCCAGCGUGUGCUUUAUGCCAGGAUCUUUUCAGAUCGGAUAUUUCAGCAAGGAAUGUUAUCAAUUUCUUUGCUCAUGGAGUGCCACCAGGAUGCUUUCAAUGAGCUAGAGUUUCAAAAAAAGUAUUGGGUGUCUGCCCAACCAAGGUCGAU